CCAACUCAUAACUUCUUGGAUUUUACUGAGUUGCGAUACCAUUGACUUCUCAUAUCUAAGACUCUAGAAGAUUUUGAUACAAUGCCACCACGUCAACGGCCCAUUCAAAAGUUUGCCGCGGCCGUUUCUCAAUGCUCUGCUGAGGCAAGCGUAUAUGGGAAAUGCAUUGUCGCCGAUUAUAAUUCGGUUCAUAAAGACAAAUGCGCCAAUGAGUUUCUCAGGUUAAAAGACUGUUUCCUAAAAGCAUCGAAACAGACUCGAUGAUGAUGAUGAUGAUGGCAUAUCAACAUCUUUCUCUCUACAGGACAUAAGCCAAAUGAUGAUAGGAGAUCACUGUAUUCCUUCGGAAACGGAAAAACAUAGAAAUGGAGGUUUCUAGUUACCCUCGGUGUCCAACAUCGUCAAAUAGCAGACGGGACAUUGGUUGUUAGUUCUUGAGGACUGGUAACCGAUCGCCUAUCAGAGGCGUUCAUCACAAAAUACAUAACACGGUUUACAGAAUCACGAUAUAUUAAAUGUAUGAGCUUAAGAGGAAUUAAUCACAUAAAAGAGUUCUUUAGUCAAAUUUGGACUGUGUUACCUCAUGUCACUAGGAAACCGAGAGCCCGAUAUGAUAGGACCCAUGUCUCAG